UAAUGGAGGAGAAAAAUGAAUAUUUUCCGCGUGGGCCGCUGCAGCAGCCAGUCGGGCAGCGAGCGCGAGCAGGACGAAACGCCGCGCAACGAGGCGUCCGCGCCGGUGCCCAUCCCCGACAGUGAGGACCUGCAGCGGCGCAAGGAGGAGGCGCGCAGGAAGCGCCGCAGGAAGAAGCGCUCUGGGAGCUCCGUGGUUACAUCAUGUUUCCAAGACCUGUACAAGCUUACGGGCGAAGUGUUGGGCGAGGGCGCCUAUGCCUCGGUUCAGACAUGCGUAAACAUAUACACGGGCCACGAGUUCGCUGUGAAGAUCAUUGAUAAAGUGCCGGGGCACGCCCGCGCCAGGGUGUUCCGCGAGGUGGAGACCUUCCACUACUGCCAGGGACACCCGAACAUAAUCCAGCUCAUUGAGUUCUUUGAGGACACGGACAAGUUCUAUCUUGUCUUCGAGAAGAUCAACGGCGGCCAGCUCCUGUCGCGCAUACAGGAGCACCAUUACUUCUCAGAGCCGCAAGCGGCUGAGAUCGUGCGCGAGAUCGCCAACGCCCUGCACUUCCUGCACGGCAAGGGCGUGGCGCACCGCGAUCUCAAGCCGGAGAACAUCCUGUGCGUCCACCGCGACAGGCUCUGCCCGGUCAAGAUAUGCGACUUCGACCUGGGCAGCGGGAUCAGUUUCACCUCCAGUCUCGCCAGUCCGCUCGCCACACCGCAGCUUAUGACACCGGUGGGCAGCGCGGAGUUCAUGGCACCCGAGGUGGUGUCCCUGUUUGCGGGCUCGGCGGCGGCGCACUACGACAAGCGCUGCGACCUGUGGUCGCUCGGGGUGAUCGCGUACAUUCUUCUGUGCGGAUAUCCGCCGUUCCGCGCGGAUUGCGGAGCGGACUGCGGAUGGGAGCGCGGAGAGAACUGUCGCGCUUGUCAGGAGCUCCUCUUCAAUUCCAUACAGGAGGGGCGGUACACGUUCCCUGAAGAGGAGUGGUCGCACAUCUCGGUGGAGGCGAAGGAUCUGAUCCGUCAGCUGCUGGUGCGCGAGGCGUCGCACCGCCUCAGCGCCGAGCGCGUGCUGCAGCACCCCUGGCUGCGCCGCGCCGACUCGCGCGCCAUACACCCCAACCUGCACACGCCUCUUAAUAUUAAACGCAACAUGUCCGCGCGCAAUCUGUCCAACUUUGCGGAGUCGGCGAUGGCGGUGAACCGCGUGAUCCAGCAGCACUUCUCUAUGAACUACUCGUACAUGGAGCGCCCGGCGGCGGUGCGCUGCAGCAAGUCGUGCUACCCGAGCCCGGGCGCGGCGGAGCUGCUGGAGGCGGAGGAGUUCGCGCCGCUGGGCCUGUCGCCGCCGGCGGAGUCGCAGCUGCUGCGCCGGCGCCUGCAGGACAAGCCGCUGCCGGUGCACUAGCCGCGCCGCGCCGGCCCGCCCGCACCCGCCCCACCACGCCGGCCGCCGCACACAUUCCACCGAGCGACGCGUUCCCAGUGAGAGCCGCGCCACGGCGGCGGCUCCAGAUCGAGCCUUUAAAGAUAUAUUGUUAUUAUAAAUAAAAACGACUGAGUAGUUUUUAUCGAUAUGCAGCGGCGCGGCGGAGGCGAGGCGCCGACACUCGCGCCCCGCGCCUGCGCGCGCGACUCUCGUCUUGCGUCCGACGCUCCGCUCGAUUAUUUUUGGAUUUAUGAAAUCCGCGAUUUGAAGUUGAGCUUGUGUACUCGUGUAGUCGCCUUUCGUUCGUGGCCUAUCCCUUGCAAUAAAUAAAAAUUGUGUAAUUUUCGAUGGCGUUUUCGGAUACUAGUCUGUUUAUGUGAUUGUUUUUGCAUUUUUACCGACAAUGGAAAAACCGCAUCUCACUAAUUAAGAAUGAGUGAAUUAAAUGUUUUAUAUGAAAUGAUAAUGAGGGCGAUAUGUGACAUUUUAUCUGAGGGUGCAAGUGUAGUGUAGUGAAUGUAUUUCGAUCAUUACGAUUACGAUGUAAUUAUAUAUUAUUAAAUAAUUAAGAGUAUAAAUUCGCUUCGUAAAGUUAGACAGGGAAGGACACGGGACACUUGUGAGCUGAUUGUAGAAAUGUCAUGUAUGAGCUGAGUCGGUACAUACGAUAUGUUAAGUGUUGCAUGGGGUUCCAUGGAGCUGCCAUACCAUUGUGAUCAGUUUGAAUACUUUUAUAAUGCUGGAAGAAUGAAGUGUUGAGAUAAUGUUAAGUGUAGACCUGCUAGACUGUAAUCUGCGUAGAUCGUUGAUUGGAGAAAGAAUCGCGUAGUACAUCCAGUUUGGCCGUUAUUGUUUACAUUUACAUAAAUUUUAUAUUUUUCAGAUUAUAUUAUUAUGUUUUGUAAUUAUAUCCGGGUGGCUUUAUCCAAUCAAAUCUAAACAUUACUUACGCAGUACUUUGUUAAAAUUGUUUUCGACUAAAUCUUUGAUUUGAAAUGUCAUUUGAAAUACAGAUGUUUGAAUUUUUA